AUGGCUUACUCAGAAGUGUCAAAUUUCAGUAAACCCAACUCAGAUUAUCGAGGACAAUCGAAGAAAAGGGCACACAAUGAGCAGAAGAACAAUUUCAUGAAUAGUAAUAUGGGUACAGGUACAUUCGGAUCAGUGGCAAACAGGGUUCAAACUGGCCCAGAAUCAAGGGGACGCCAAGUUUCAUAUGCUGGGCGAAGCAAUGGUCGGGGACCUAUAUAUAAAUCCUCCAGGAACAGCUAA